CGCAACAUUCUUCAACCCGCCAUAUUUGUUUCAGCAGUGUGUUGAUAUGUUUUGGAGCAAUUGUUAGCUGACAUAUAUUAUUCCACUUCUCUUACCUGUAAAGAAAUGGUUAUACAUUUCUAAAAGUCUAUCGCUUAUUUUGCGUGUCUAGCGGAUGUUAUCUGGAAUGUACAGGCGCGGGGGGAGCAAGAAGGAUCAUAAUAAAGCGGCUAAGGAGCAGAGCGACAGUAGCAAGUAUGCGGAGCUGCUGGUGUUCGGCUACGCCUGUAAGCUGUUCCGGGACGAUGAGAGGGCCAGCUACCACGAUCAGGGCAAACACCUUAUCCCAUGGAUGGGGGACAAGAACAUCAUGAUCGAUAGGUACGAUGGCCGCGGUCAUUUACAUGAUCUUUCGGAAUAUGACGCAGGCUCGUGGAAUCACGACUACCAGCUGUCCGAGGAGGAGGCCAGGAUAGAGGCUCUGUGUGAUGAAGAGAGGUACCUGGCUAUGCACACUGAUCUACUGGAAGAGGAGGCCAGACAAGAGGAGGAGUAUAAAAGGCUGAGCGAAGCUUUGGCAGAUGAAGGCACCUACAACGCAGUGGCCUUCCGUUACAGUGCGGACUACUACGACCCCUCCCAGCCCACUGAGGAAGAGGAGGCCAACAAAGAAGCAGAUCAAGAGCAGCCGGAGGAAGAGAGCGAGGAGCCGUUUGUGGCGCCCCCUGGCCUCCUCAUCCCUCCAGAUGUAGAGCUGCCUGCGACCACCAAGACGCAUGCUAUUAUUGAGCGCACCGCCAACUUCGUAUGCAAGCAGGGGGCCCAAUUUGAAAUUGUGCUAAAGGCAAAGCAGGCUGGCAACUCCCAGUUUGAUUUCCUGCGGUUCGACCACUACCUGAACCCUUACUACAGACACAUUUUGCGAGCUAUGAAGGAGGGAAGAUACACACCGGCCUCAGAGGGCAAGCAGGACCAGGAAACGGAAUCAAAGUCGGACGAUUCUGAUGACGAUGAUGAUGGGGAUGGAAACUACCUGCACCCAAGUUUGUUUGCAUCCAAGAAGAGUUCUCGUCUGGAGGAAAUAAUGAAGCCUCUGCAGGUCAUUGACCCAGAUCACCCGUUGGCAGCACUCGUUCGAAAAGCCCAACAGGAGAAUAAUGGUGCUGCAGCGAUGGCACCCAAAGCAGAGGAAGAGCAGCAGCCGGCGACAGUAACCACACAGGUGGAAUACAGCUCUGACCCAAAUGUGGCAGCAAUGUACUAUGGCUACUGUAUGUUGCCUGAUGGUACAUAUUGCCUUGCUCCUCCGCCACCUGGGAUUGACGCCAGCGCCUAUUACACCUCGCUGCCCGCUGCCAUGAUGUCAGCACCUCCUGCAUCUGGUCCUCCUCCUCCCCCUGGCACCACACCUUUGUUGGAUCCUGCAGCUGCAAUCCCAUCAGCCCCUGUUGCGGGUCCAGUCACGGUGUCAGCUCCUGCAUCUGCUCCGCUCUCCCAUUCUGCUCCUGCUGCCCCUCCAACUUCCAGUUCUCGGCCUCCUCAAACCACCGCCGCCUCGUCGGUGGCGGCCCCUGCCGCCCCUGUCGCAGCCAUCAUCCCUCCGCCUCCCGACAUCCAGCCUGUCAUUGACAAACUAGCUGAAUAUGUGGCCAGAAACGGAGUGAAAUUCGAGACCAGUGUGCGUGCCAAGAAUGACCCGCGGUUUGACUUCCUGCAGUCCUGGCACCAGUACAACUCCUAUUAUGAGUUUAAAAAGCACUACUUCAUGCAGAAAGAAGGCCUGAGUGUGCAGGAGGGUUCCUUGCUUUACAACAGUGGGGGCGACAGCUCAGCAGACUGCUCUUCUGGCAAGCAGCAGAAUGAGGGCAAGCUCCUUAAAGCUUCUUUUGCACCUAUCUGCUUCGCCAUAAAGUCAAAAGAAAAUGACCUUUUGCCUCUGGAGAAGAAUCGUGUGCGGUUGGACGAUGACUCUGAUGAGGAUGGGAUGAAGGGGGAGGUGCAAGAGGGAGUAGAGUUGGCGAUAGGAUUGGUUGAGGCAGCCAAAGAGCCUCCUCAGCCUCCAGUGACUGAGGAGAAGAAACCGGUACUGUCUCAGGAAGAGCAAGAAGCCAAACAAGCCAAACAGAAGCUGGAGGACCGGUUAGCAGCAGCAGCAAGAGAGAAACUGGCCCAGGCCUCCAAAGAGUCAAAAGAGAGGCAGCUUCAGGCUGAGCGCAAGAGGAAAGCCGCCCUAUUCCUGCAAAAUCUGCGAGGGCCGGAGGCUGAGGCCAAGCGUACAGAGGAAACCGCUGCUGCGUCUGAGCCAUUGGUGUCGACCCUUCCCAUGAGCGGUAUCCCUCAACACGCUUCUCGUAUACCAGGCUUUGACUAUCAGCCCCUGGAAAACGCACUAUCAAGGAGCGCAAACACCCCUGCUUCUCGUGUGACCACCACUUCCGCCUCGUCUUCCUCACGUGGGCCCGAAAGGGAUCGGGAUAGGGAUAGGGAUCGGGAUCGAGAACGGGACAAGAGGAAGAAGAAACACAAGAGAAGGUCUCGGUCCAGGUCCCGUUCACGCUCCAGAUCCAAAUCCAAAACCAAGCACUCUUUGCCCAGUGCCUACCGCACCUUCAGGAGAUCCAGGUCUCAGUCUCGUUCACCCGGCCGCAGAGACCGACGAGCUCGCUCUUUGGAGAGAAAGCGUGACGAGAGGGAGAAGGAAAGCUACGGUCCAAGCACCUACCGCCUUGGCAGCAACCCAGCGCUGGUCAGGAAGCGCUCUAGAUCAAGAUCACCUCAUGAAAAGAAGAAAAGGAAGAGUUCAAAGGCAUCGCACCAUUUUAAGGGUUCCUCCUGUUCACCCUCGGCAUCCCCUGACAGAAGCGGAGCUGUGGCCAGAGUCUCUGCAAGCCCCUCCCCUGCCACAAGCCCCGCCUCCAGCCUGGGGAGGUCCAGGGAUGGCUCUCAGGAGAAAGACAAGCAAGUGUCCUCCACUAUUGUCUCUUCAGUGCAAACCAAAAUCACUCAGGACCUCAUGGCGAAAGUGCGAGCAAUGCUCGCUGCCUCCAAAGGCCUUCAGCCGAACUCCUCCUGAGAGAGUCCUACAACAACCAGGCAGGAUCAAUCUCCAGCUACAUCUCGCACGGCAGCAACAGCCCUCCGGCCAACUACUGGACUGCUGUUCGCCUGACAAGCUGCACAAUGCUGGACGCUUUUAUCCCUUUAUGUAUGCCUGUUUGGACCUUGCUAGCUAGUUAGAUGUUUUUAUUUCGCCUCCAGAUUAGCAUUAGGCAUGGAGAUCGUCUUUAUUUUGAAGGUGCAGUUGGAACCCAAGCAGGUGUAGAAAAACACAAAACCAGCAGCAGAUGGUGGAGCCUCGGUCCUGCUGUGUGUUUUAGCUGUAAGGCAACAAAAAGAAAGAAGUAUUAAAGGCAUAAUUCCUUGGAUGCAACUAAAAACAAAUUUAAAUUGCGUUCUGAUGACUGAGCUUUUUCCUUUGUAAUAUUGUGUCUAGCAGAGGGACACGGUUAUAUCCUUCUGUGAAGGAUAAUACUGUUUAUUUUCUCACCUAUCUCCUUUUUUCCUCUUUCUCUGAGCUCUUUCCGAUAGGAAGUCGUCGGCUUUCUUGUUUCUGUUUUUUUUUUUUUUUUAAUAUGUGGCCUUCGGUAUUUCAUUUCUAAGUUUGUACGGGCCUAAUUUUGAAGCUACUUUGUAAAACCAUCAAUAAAGAUUAAAAUUAAUUAUCCAA